GGGUGAGUGGGAGAAUGGGUGAAUGAGAGAGAAAGACAGGUUGAGCGCAUGCACACAUGUAGUUCAGAGCUAUUGAUUAAAAACUUGCACCAAACUGUUUUACUCUUCAGUUCAACACAGGGGUAAAUGGUCUCUGCUACCGGGAUAAUAUGAUAUUGUGAAGGCUUUUUCAUCUGAGCGCAGGGGUUCAAGGAAAUGCUAAUAAGACUGGUUAACUGCAUCAGGGGUCUGUCCUGAAUGUGUUCGGCAGUCAGCGGUGUACUUCCCCUAAACAUCAGUUGUGAGGGACUGGCAAAGCCUAGAAGACUGCAUGGGGAGGUGUCAAUGUCCACCAAUGUCACUGGAUUCUGGGCACAUCGUUCCCCCCAGCAUUUGGAGAUGGACUUGGCCUGGCAGGAACUGAUGGCCAUCACAGAACUUCAGGAGUUUGAAGUACCCAAUGAGAACCCAUUUGAAGCUAUUCCAUACCACUCCACUGAGCCCAUGGUUUCUCAAGGAGGAUUUGGAAUGAGUCAGCCUCAGGUGGAAUCCAUUGCCAGAGCUUGUGAUGGCCAUCCUGCAGUGGCUUAUGAGAACUCAUACCCUGAAAUGAUGCCACCCUACCAGCGCUUGAAUCCACACAUGGAUAUGCACUAUGGACUCCCAGGUGGCCACGCUUCACCCAGAAUCCUCACAAAUACACAAGCUCUCCAUCCACCUCUCAUGAGUCUUUCGGAGCACAUAAACAUGUCUACACGCAAUCAUGGGGUUGGGAAAGAUGACACUCUCAACCUUCAUGGUUUAGGACAAACCAAACAAGCUUCUACUGAUGAUCUAGAGUCUGAUUCUGGUUUGUCACUUGGUUCAAGCCCACCACUUGUCUCCCCAGAGAAUGCAGUGCAUGGAGUACCAACAUAUUUGUCUACAGAUGGAACAACCAGGUAUGCUGAAAGUGAAAUUGAAAGUAUGGGAGAACAAUGCCGCAUGAGGCCAAGUCUGCUUGGGUCUAGUGACUACCAGCAGUCCUACAGCUCUUACCCUGGAGCUUCUUUUUCCACAGUUGCAAAUUUUCAAUCUGUCAAUCAGCAGACUCAAGCUCACCAGCAACCGGUUUUACCCACAGCCCUGCAUGACCUUCAAUUAAAUGGCUCGGGUUUAUCAAGAGUAGGUUCAUAUCAGUAUCCCUACUCAAAGCCAAAACAUAGUGUUUCUGCACCUCUGAGCAGAGAUGAACGGCGAGCCCUUGCUUUAAAAAUCCCAUUCUCGCUAGACAAGAUAGUGAAUCUGCCAGUGGAUGAUUACAAUGAGCUCUUGACCCAAUUCACUCUGAGUGAUGCCCAGACAGCACUUGUGAAGGACAUUCGCCGCAGAGGGAAGAACAAAGUUGCAGCACAGAACUGUCGCAAACGAAAGUUGGAAAAUAUUGUGCAUUUAGAGAACGAGUUAGGACAGCUUCAAGCCCAAAGAGAGCAUCUAAUCAGAGAAAAACUGGAAUUUCAGCAAAACCUAGCCAUUAUCAAAUGUCACCUUGCAGACCUCUACACCCAAGUGUUUUCACAGCUACGGGACGAGGAGGGACAUCCUUACUCGCUUGACGAAUAUUCGCUAGAACAGACUAACGAUGGCAACAUUUACUUGGUGCCACGUAACAGCACUGUAGAGUGAAUGAACUUGAUGUCCUGAUGAAUCUCGCAAAACCAGUCUAGAACAUGUCUGGGCCAUCUCUCAUCCCAAAAUUGGUAACACUUUACAAAAUUGAAUUUGUUAACAUUAAUGCAAUAGUUAACAUGAACUGUGUCCUAUCAGUGAACAAUUUUCACAGCAUUUAUUAAACAUGGUUAAAAAGGCACAUUUCUAUAUAUAAACAUUUUGCAUUACAGCAUGAUUAAACAGUUUUAUUAAAACAAUAAAGCCAAGACUCAGCUCAUGUUGCCUAAUGGAUUAACUUAACAUAACCUUGUGAAGUUACCAAUGACACUUACAGAAUAAAUUUAGUUAAUAUUAAGCUAAUAAGACCAUUAAGAUUUUAACUAUGUGCCCAAUUCAUUCCUCUUAAAGCAGAGGAAGCGCCAUAAUGCCUGUAUGCAAACUUGGUUAUACUACAGUAUUUUUGCAGUAAUAUUUAAGUGAAGUGACCUGGACAUGUUGCAAGAUCACCAGAUCCAUGAAAGUUAUUAGGAUCAACUUACUUUCCUAAACACUCAAGUGAACAACCAAAUGUGCCUGUAACUGAUAUAGAUCACCUGCAAGCAUUUCUCUAAAUCACCAUGUUUAUCCAGUAACAUGAUUGUCCAGUAACAAAUCAGUAUUACAGAAACACACAUUUUCACCUGUGUCAAGAUUUCAGUAAAUGAUAUUGGGGAAAGACAACACCACAAGUGUAGCAUUAAAAUAUUUAUUGUAAAAAAGGGGUAAAAAAAAAAGUUAUAAAAAUAAAUAAAUCUGACGCAUCUUGGUCCUAAAGAGAGAGAAAAACAAAGUGGAUGCCUUUUCCAGAUGAAUAGAUUGAUAUUAGAAGAGAAAUUAUACCUUUUUCCCCCCCCCUUCACCAGUUCAGACAGACAAUGCCUUUCCAUUUCAAACAUGAUUCACUCAUCAGAUCCUAAAAACAAAAACAGAAGUUAGUCAACAAGCAGAUCAUGGCAUGUAAAUCAAGAGGGCAUGCAUUUAUAUUUAAAAAAAAUAAAAGGAAACCCACACACACACACUUGCACCCCAAAUAACUAUGCUGACUGCAAUAUGCUAUUACUUUCCUGUAAAGUACACAACACUGAAUGGGAAGACUACAUUAACUGUACAGCCUCUUAAUAAAAAUCAUGUUUUAUAAUUA